UGCCAUGCAGGCGCCACCAAGUCUACCGGCGCGGCCCGCGUCUUUCAACCGCAUUAAGACGAUCCUCGACAUUCGAAAUGCCAAGAAAUCCAUCGCCGACCACAUGCUCGCGAUCUCGUCGACGGCAUCCGACGGGCUCAACGUCGCGCCGAUGCGCCAGCUCUCGGCGCUCAAGCUCAAGCAGUCGGUCAUGAGCAUUAUGCUCGGGCAAAUGGUCAAGACGUCGUCGCACAACAAGACCUCGCGGCCGCUAGAGCAUCCCGGGUCGAUCGUCGAGGAGGCACCGGCCACUCCCGAAGCAGAGGCCGUUGUCAUUCCGCACCAAGUCGAGCCGCCUCGGAAAGCCACCAUCAAAGAGAAGCCGCCACCCUAUGCGCCGCUGUCCCCUGAAAUGAAUCCGCUCAAUUUUGAAGACAUUACGCGCCCCGUGCCCAAGCAUACACCCGAGCUGCUGCACCAGCCAUCGCUCGUCACGCCCAAGCUCAUCGAUGCCGCGGACCACGUCGAUGAGAUCCGACAGGCGGUCAUUCGGCUCGUCGCCGAAGGGGAAGUCGUCACCGCCCUCGAUCCUGGUGCCAACGUGAGCUACGACCACCAAGGCGACCUCAAGUUUUACACGGAUGACAACUUGCAAAAGCGACUCGAGCUGCGGUACCACCCGCUCUUGUGCCGCAUGACGCGGGUGUUUUGGCUCACAAUGGUCAAGCCGGACGCAGCAAAAAUGGAGUUUGACGACUACCAGCGCCUCUUUCUGCGCAUUCACAAGGUGCUAAUCGAGCUCUUCGACCUUGGCGAGUCGAGAGUCAUGAUCGCCACGUCUCACGCACCCCAGGACGACUGGAAGCGCGACAUUGCCACGCAUACCAACCUCGAGUACGAGAUGUUUCACCUCUCGCUCUUUGAGCUCAUCGGUAAUCUGGUCUGGAUCGGAUCUGGUACUCACUUCGACUAG